AUGCGAAUUAUUUUCAGCAUUGUAUUCUUAUUAGUUGUAUUAGCUAUAAAUAUUUCUGCUGUUCGAUUUGGUUCAUUUAAUUUACAACAAUAUGGACCUAAGAAAUCAGCCAAUGAAACAUUAACAGAUCUUGUUGCUAAAAUUUUAAAUGAUUUUGAUGUUGCAGUUAUUCAAGAAAUUACUGAUGCAGCAAUUAAAGCUCCAUAUGUUUUAUUUGAUGCAUUGAAUAAAAUAUCGAAAUCAAAACCAUAUACAAUGACAUUAAGUGAACGUGUUGGACGUACAUCAACAAAAGAACAAUAUAUAUUUUUCAAUCGUGAAUCAACAUCAGGUGUUAAAUUAAUUGACUAUUAUCUUUAUAAUGAUGUUCAAGAUUAUUUUGAACGACCACCUUUUAUUGGUACAUUCGAAGUGACAAAGCCAGGUUCAUCUGGUGUGAGAUAUUUUACUAUUAUGGAUGUUCAUUUACGACCUGAUUCAGCCUAUCAAGAAUUACUUGAUAUGCGUCGUGUUAUACAUGAUUUUAUUCUUAAGAAUCCUCGUUAUUUUACUGAUACAUCAACAUCAUUAUCUCAAGCUUUAGCAGCGAAUGUUAUUGGUGCAACAAGUACUAAUAAACCAAAUUUAAAAACCAAUCAUCCAAUUUUAAUUAUGGGUGAUUUUAAUGCUGAUUGUACCUAUAUUUCACUAACACGUCAAGGAACACUUCGUUCAAUUGAUUUUGCUGAUUUUACUUGGGUGAUUAAUAAUGAAGUGAAAACAAAUACACGACAAACAUGUACAUACGAUCGUAUUUUUAUUAAUGGAGAUAAAUUCGUUAAAGCAAUUGUACCGAGAAGUAAUACAACAGUUGAUUUUCCACAACGAUUUGGUAUGACAAUGGAACAAGCUCUUGGUAUAAGUGAUCAUCUUCCAAUUAAAUUUGACAUAAAUUUCUGA